AGAGAGAGAGAGAGAGAGAGAGAGAGAAAAGGGAAAAAGAGAGUUGUUUAAGUUAAAGAAAGAUGGGGGCUUUGUACUCUUAUGGCAGUGUGAAUUCUCUCAAGCCAAGCAAAAAUCUUCUCCUUCACACCUUUCAAUCUCAAAAGCAAAUGAAUUGAGAAUCUAGGGUUUGAGACAGCACCAAACUCCAACAAAGUUGCUUCAGACCCAGUUCUUGAUUUUGAUCUACUGCCCUGAAGAAUUUGAUUCCAGAAUCCAUGGUUUGCUGUGAGAAAUGGGGUUAUGGCUAUCUGGGUGUUUAUUUGUAAUGAUGUUGGAUAUUAAGUAUCCUGUGAGUUGAGUUGGGUUUGAGAGCUUUUGGUAUUUAUGGUGUGUUUUGGUUAAAAAUUUUGAGCUGUUGGGAAUAGGGGGCAGAGUUUUUGAUAUGGAGGAAGUUGAAGAAGCUAACAAAGCUGCUGUUGCUAGCUGCCAUAGAGUUCUGAGUCUGUUGUCUCAGCCCCAAGAACAAGUUCAGUUUAGGAGUUUAGAGGUGGAAACUGGGAAGGCUGUGGUUAGGUUCAAGAAAGUUGUUUCUCUUCUCAAUACUGGUUUGGGUCAUGCUAGAGUUAGAAAGCUUAAGAAGCUUCAAAUCCCUUUUCCGGAAAGUGUCCUCUUAGAUAAUCCUAAUUGUCCAACAGACCAUCACUCUAAAACUACUCACUUUCUUCAAUCUAGAUUUUCUGAGAACCCAAGUCAGGAUUUGAGUUUAAAUGUUAGGAAAUAUUUAAGUUUGGGAAACCCCUCUUUGGAAUUGAGCAAUAACGGGAAAACCCCAAUUCAAGUAGCACAACAAGCACUUCCGGCGCACUAUCACUUUCUUCAGCAGCAACAGCAUCAACAGCAACAACAACAGCAGCAGCAGAGGCUAUUACUUCAGCAGCAGCAUAUGAAACAACAAGCGGAAAUGAUGUACCGGAGGAGCAAUAGUGGCAUUAACCUCAACUUUGAUAGCUCUAGCUGCACACCCACAAUGUCAUCUACAAGGUCCUUCAUUUCCUCCUUGAGCAUGGAUGGAAGCGUGGCUAACUUGGAUGGUAACUCCUUCCAUUUGAUUGGGGCUCCUAUCUCUUCGGAUCAGAAUUCACAACAUAAGAGGAAGUGUUCCGCGAGGGGAGACGAUGGCAGUGCAAAAUGUGGUAGCAGUGGUAGAUGCCACUGCUCAAAGAAGAGCAGGAAACACAGGGUGAAGAGGUCAAUUAAGGUGCCUGCAAUUAGUAACAAGCUAGCAGAUAUCCCUCCCGAUGAUUAUUCAUGGAGGAAGUACGGCCAGAAGCCAAUCAAGGGUUCCCCUCACCCUAGGGGAUACUAUAAAUGUAGCAGCAUGAGAGGUUGUCCAGCCAGGAAGCAUGUGGAGAGAUGCUUGGAAGAACCUUCUAUGCUUAUCGUCACUUAUGAAGGCGAACAUAACCACCCAAGAAUACCAUCACAGUCCACAACGACAUGAAUGCAGAGAGAGCUUCACCAAGCUCAAGCCCAGCAUAACUUAUCACAUCAUAUCUAUGAUGGGCUUGAGGUGCUCCAGUACAUAUUUUGCAUGGUUCAAGCAUGAAAAAACAAUCGGAGCAGGAAACAUCUUUGGGGAGUUGGAUCUUCAAGCGUUUUGGCUAUUCGGCAAGCAGGCAAUGGAACCCCAUGGUGGCUGUGGAAGGAGUUUGUAAAACUUGUCAACUUUUAAAUCUCUUUUCAUUUUUUUUAGCAAGCAAUGCUUUAAACAAUUUAGGGUUUUCAAAAUUAAUGGAAUGCCUUUGAUGUGGUACUUCUUGUCUUCUUAUUUGCUGCCCAGCCUCUUCUUUCAUGG